AUGUCGGGCAGUGGGUUCCGCGAUGCAUUCCGGCCGCGUGAUACAGAUUCAGCUCGGAAACCCAAAAAUCCAAACGAAGAAGUGAAUCCGAAUGUACCCCUUUAUAUGGCUCAGACGCCAUGGUAUUUGGCUAGUGGUGGCAACGCAUCUUUAGAGCAUCAGCGCAAGCCUGUCCAGAGCGGAAAGGCAGUUGCAGGAUUAGAUGACUGGUACAAGCGUGGAAUUGCAACUUCAACUGCAACACGUUUCCGUAAAGGAGCAUGUGAGAACUGUGGUGCCAUGUCGCAUAAGACGCGCGACUGUCUGGAACGACCACGCAAGCGCGGAGCGAAAUGGACAGGCAAGGAUAUUAAACCUGAUGAACUGACAGAAAAUCUUGACCAUCUUGAUUACAACUACGAUGCAAAACGUGAUCGCUGGAAUGGAUAUGAUCCCGCGAGUCAUAUGGCUGUCGUUGAGCGUUUUGAGGCCGUGGAAGAGGAGCGUCGGCGCUUGCGUGAAGAGGCGCUUGAUGCGCAGGCAUCCACAGACGUCAAUAUGGCUAAGAGAAUCGCCAAAAAAGAAAAAAGCCACCGGCACCAUGAUGACGAUUUUGACAGCAGUAGCAGCGACGAUGAUGAUGACGAUAAUGAAAAGUAUGCUGAAAAGGCGAAUAUGGUCGGUCAAAAAAUGGACUCAGACAAGCGCUUCACGAUCCGUAAUCUUCGUAUUCGUGAAGACCGGGCCAAGUAUUUGUAUGAUCUUAAUGCAGAUUCGGCAGCGCAUUAUGACCCUAAGACACGGUCUAUGCGAGAAGCGCCAUUGCCUAACACGUCAGUGGAAGAGCUCAAGUCGGGAAGUGACGCUUUCGAGCGUGCUUCUAAUGGACCAACGGAUGUGAAACAGAUGCAGAUGUUUGCUUGGCAAGCUGAGCAACGCAGUGGUACAUUGCUUCAUAUGCAGGCGAACCCCACAGAUCAUGAGCUCCAAUUCAGACAGGCUCAGCAGCGGAAAGAGCAAGAGGCCAAGGAAACUAAAAGUAGUAUCUUGGAAAGGUAUGGUGGAGCUGAACAUCUGGAUUCAAUACCAGCAGAAUUGCGCACAGGUCAGACAGAAGCAUACGUCGAGUACAGUCGCACGGGUGAGAUUAUACGAGGCCAGGAACGCGCCAAGCCACGCUCACGGUACGAAGAAGACGUCCAUGAAAAUAACCACACAAGUGUGUGGGGCUCAUGGUAUGAUUUGGAGCGCGGCCUUUGGGGCUACCAAUGCUGCCACAAUACGUUGCGUCGCUCUUACUGCACGGGCGAGGCCGGUAAAGCGGCAAAUGCAACAGCUGUUCUAUAUUAG